AUGGUUUCUUCAUCUGGUUAUAUUACUGAAUUCAAUAAAGAAACAAAUUAUGAUUAUAUCCAGACUCAAACAGAUGUUGAAAUUACUAAUCGACGUCUAAAAUUCCAUGUUUUUAGUUUAAAAUCGAAUGCCAAACGUUAUGUUAUUAAAGAAGAUUUAACAUUUCUUGGUGAAUUAUUUGAUUUUGAUAUAAUUCAACAUACAGAUGGAAGUGAAGAUGAAGCAAUUAAUAUCAGACAUCGUGUUUUAAUGUGUCCAAUUUCUGGAUGUUCACGACUUAAAGCAUUUAUUAGUAAAAAAGUAUUAGAUGAACAUAUUCAGAAUAAACAUUGUCAAGAGAAGGUUAUAGAGAAAAAACUGGUUCCCUUUACCCUCAAACUUAUGACGAAGUCAGCAGCUGUGAUUAGUCGUUUUAUUGGAAAAAAUGGAGUUAAUCUUAAAGAAUUUCAGAAAAAAAUUUUAACCAAAACAACUGCAAUUAGUUUAACACAAAAUCCUACUGUAGAAAUUCGAGUAAAACCAAUGAAAAUCAAUGUUAACACUGAUGAUAUUAGUCAAAAAUUAAAAUCUUUAUGGGACAAAUCAGUUCUAAGACGAUCAAUACCUUUGAAACAAGUUGCUUUUAAUAGUGAUACAAGACGUGUACGUGCAUUUACACUAUCUGGUGAUGAAUUAGUACGACGACGAUCAACCAAAUAUGGACAAAUAAAUGCAAUAUUACGAAAACAACAAGCAAGAUCGACGUUAAGUUUAGAAGGACAUCGAUGUGCAGCAACAGGAGAAACAAAAUUAGUAUGA